GUCACAUGAAAAGAUAUAAUCCAAUAUUUACAAAAAUGUGAGGGGUGUACUUGAAAAAAAGUUGGAUAAAAUAUUUUCACAUUGAUUUGAAAUAAUGGAUCCACCCAGGAUUUGAGGCAUUUAGAGGCCUACCUGUCAGCUGAGUAAGAGGCUCCAUGAGAGUGAUUCCCAGUCUCUCGAUCACUAUGAUACCAUGACUCUUCAGGUAUUGCUGCAGGACUGGGUGUAUGACCUUCUGGCACACAAAGAGCUUCACCUCAUCUUUAGCCACCUGUUUUCCGAGCUCCAGGAGUUUAUCCAGGAUCUGUUGGUCUGUGUCGACACCUGGGUGCACCUCAAUUAUCCCAUCUCCCAGUUCACAAAGGUCUCCAGCAAGGGAUGCACUGAACAGCACCACGCGCAGUGGAUUUGUAUGCAGGUUCUCUAAGUUGUUCUGGCAAACGACAUCAGGCAUGUCCACCAGUAAACCUGGAAACACUGCAGAGUUUAGCACAGAAUGGCCUUCAACAGAGACAGUCACUACUUUGCCAAGUCUGACUUUUCCUGGUCUGUCACGGGGAACAGUGAAACUAGCAGGACUCCUGUGUUCACUGCAAUGGCUCCUCUCAAAUUUGUCAUUAAGUGUGGGAACUUUGCUGUGCUGGUGGAUCUCCACGUUCUGCCCCUGGGCGGCCAAGAGGACGCCAGCUGGUUUCCUACGGACCACAUCGAGGAGGUCACAGCCCUGGUUCGAGGUGCUGUGGAGCAGAGGGUUAAGCAGUACACAGAGUCCCUCCACAAAAAAAGACAGCCCAAACAGAAGAAGGAGCUGGCUCCUGCUUCAGCCUUUUUUGUAAAAGGGAAAAACUUCAACCUGGUCGCCAAUUUUCUGAAGCGGCACUUCAACCUCAGAUGUAUUCUCAAGCAGCUUUAUGGGGAUUUGCGUGUGUUUCCUGAACGCUAUGUUGUGUGUGUGAGCUGUCCAGAGGAUGCCUCAGCGCUCCAUGGAAACCCGAGCCUGGCUGCGACUGAGCUGAGUGAACAAAGCAGAUCGGAAUAUUUUUCCAGAGUGGGAGAAACCCAAGAACCUUCAAACAGCCCCACAAAAACAAAGAAGACUGCGCUUCAAAAGAUAGCCAAACAAGCUGGUGUCCAGCGAGAGCUCUGUGGUUCCAGUAUGGGGGAGCAGCAGAUUGACCAGAGAGCCUGUCCCAAAACCCAAAGAGGGGAACUUAAAGCUGGAGAGUCAGAAUCAAGCCCAAAAGAGUCCAGCUCUGGACAGAAGGCCAUCCCAGUGGCAUACCACAAGGUGCCUUGCCCCAUUUCCUUAAAUGAGGCCAUGGCUCUGAUUGUGACUACUCAAAAGCAGGAUCUGACCCAGGCGCAGCAAACUGAGCAUAGUCCUCCAGACAGCAUCAACCCAAAUGGGGCCUCAGUAGUUUUCUGCCAAAAUGAAACCAGUCAGGAGACAAGCAAGAGGUGCAAGCCGAGCGAUGCGGGGGAAGACCCUCACCCACAGAGGGCCAAGAGGACGUGCCUUGGAAGACCUCCAGCCACAAUGCAAACUCCCUCCACCACGUGCUCCACACAAACAUCCAAGCAUGAACUUCUUCCUCUGCCACCCCUUCCUCCAGUGGUAGCCAAGGCAGAGUCCGAGGCUUUCCCAGUCUCCGAGUGCAAGAAAACCACACUGGAAGUAGAGCUGCUUACUCUAGGGAAACGGGCCCAGAGGCUCCCCCUCGCAAGCAAUAACACGGCACAGACAAACCAAAACAGGCUGGCCGCAAGUCUGAGGGGCCUAUCUGUCAAGCCUGCAUCCUCAGGCUCCUCUAUUAGUUCCAGAUCCACACUCGGAGAGGAGGGGAGUGAAAAUGUGCCCAGAACCUCUAGAUUACGACGACUGAAGAGGUCCUGAGGGGGAGAGACAAGCUACAGUAAAGAUGCCUGACGCCACAGAGAUAGAGAUGAUAUUGUGUCAGGCUGGAUGUUUACCCCAUGCAGUCUCCUCAGAUGACAUGCAUUUGUACACGCGUCACAUUUUACUACAAUAUGCAUGUUUCACAUGUGCCGUGAAUAGUGCAGCAGACACACACACACGCACGCACACACGCACACACCUCUCAAAUGCUGAACAUAUUAUGGCAAUUGAUACAUGAGCGUUUGAGUUACGCUUUGUCAAAUACUUGAAACAGACUUUGCCUCCACCCAUAAGAAGUGGUGGUCAAGAAAGGCUCGCAAAUGAAAGUCAAAAACCUUUAAUUGGAGUUUAGAUUUGGUUUUGUGUUAAAGAUUGGGGAUUUCAGACAGGCAGGAGCCAUGCAGUACGUCAUGGCUUUCAGUCGGAAAUACUGGCUCCUACGUGUCUGAAAACUGUCCAGUUUCCCCGCUGAAGCUCUGGCGUGAUUGAUUGCCGUUUCCAGAUUUAUUUCAUCACCCCAUUCUCAAAAAUGUAUUUUUCUAGCUAGUUUACAUUCAUAUACAAUUUGCUCUCUACUUGGUUGCUAAGCACCUGAAAUGUAUCUUUAAAUUUGAGGGUAUUAUUAUGCAGCGUUUAUAUUGAACUUGAACCAAAUAUGUGUGAAUGUGAGUAAUAUUGAAAUAUUAGUGGUUUUAUUUGGGAAUAGCAGGACGUCUACAGUACCACAGGUUAAAACAUAGAUGCUGUCGUCGCUCCAACACUCGUCAGGGCUGUUAUAAUCAAUCAGUUUGCCCUGUGCAGAGAGAGCAUGGGGCAACUAGGGGCCAAAAGCCACUCAUACUCUGAUGUUCCACUUGAUGACAUAAUGCUGCCUGAAUAAAUUACUCCUGAUUUUUAAUUUUACUGGAAAAGCAUUUUAUUCUGUAAAUAAAUGUGUUUAUCUCUCUGAA